AUGAAGAUUAGUGGGUUCGGGAGUUGGGACCCGCGAUUGUAUACGCUCGACCAGCGGGCAUUGACCUACAUCCUUAACAACCCGACCAAAUAUCAGAAACCAUGGCAGUCGCAGAGGAUCAUAGGAAACCUAAUUGGAUACGGCAUGUUGGCAACUGAAGGCAUAACUCACAGGAUACAAAAAAGAGUCAUAACUCCUGCCUUUUCGUCGGAAAAUCUAAAGCAUUUCUUGCCGAUAUUCUUCAGCAAAGCCCAAGAGCUACGAACUAAAUGGGACAGUCUAUUUGAUCCAAACAAAGAGGAGGGGGUAGAUAUUGAUGUGUACAAUUGGAUGUCGCGAGGAGCGUUUGAUAUUAUUGGACUUGCUGGGUUCGACUAUGCCUUUAACGCAAUUGAGAACGAAGAAAACCCAGUAUAUAUUGCCUACAAAGAGAUGUUUGCUAUGACCCUUGAUCUCGAGAGAAGCAGAGGUCUCAUCAGCAUGCUGAUAAGCGUAUAUUGUCCAACGUUUUACAAGAUCUUCCCAGACGAAGCAACAAAGGCCGUAACAGCCAGUCAUAAAGUGAUAUACGGCAUGUGCCGCGAGCUGGUAGAGAAUAAGCGAGAAGCAGUCAUCCGAGAAAUGGAAAGUGGAGACAAGACAGAGUUCGCCAAGGACUUACUUAGUCGACUAUUAAGAUCUAACCUUUCUGUGGACCUUCCUGAAAGCCAGCGGUUAUCGGAUGAGUCCCUCAUGGAUAACAUCAACACGAUGCUGUUCGCUGGAUCUGACACUACAUCCCUUGCCUUGGCCUGGACACUAUUUUUGCUUGCCACUCACCAACAUUAUCAAGAAUCCCUCAGGGAAGAACUCGUUGCAUUCCAGGAUAUCGUCGUAGAUCCUUAUGACCCUUCGGUAUACUCCUCGCUGGACGAAUUGCCCAAACUAAACAAUAUCAUCCGUGAAUCACUGCGAUUUAUUCCUCCAGUACAUAGUAGCCUACGAGUAGCUAUGCAGGACGAUAUUAUCCCUACUUCCGAACCCGUCCAGAUGUCUGACGGAACCUUGUCAGCCGACGGCGUACAUAUUAAGAAAGGGACAUAUGUCCAUAUUGCCCUCGAGGGGAUCAAUAUGGUACGUGACGUUUGGGGGGAGGAUGCAGACGUGUUUCGGCCCGAACGAUGGGAGAACCUUCCCGAAGCCGUAAAAGCCAAUCCUAGCAUAUACGGAGGUAUGAUGACCUUCUCACACGGGCCGCGGGCGUGUAUGGGACUCAGGUUCUCCAUGAUGGUGAUGAAAACGUUCCUCUACUUUAUGAUUUCCUCAUAUCGUUUUGAGCCCAUUGUGCGGAUCACAAAAGAAAACAAUGUUAUGGUUCGACCUUAUCCCAACGGAGAAUGGCAAAAGCCGGCCAAGCUACCACUUCGGGCUAUUCGUAUUCGCGUGUGA